AUGCCCGACUCAGCGAUUCUCGCAACCGCGCUCAUCCUCGCCGCCGCCUCCGCCCUCGUUGUCGCCGCAAUGCUCUACCCGUCCGCCAUGCUGCGCUGGUUCCAGCGCAAGAGAUACCAAUACGAAGUCACCUUCUCGCUGUACAUGCUGACCUCGACCGAGAAGUUCAUCUUCAGUACGUUUCAGCGCCUCUCACACACACGCCGCCUCUCACACGCACGCCGCCCCUCUGCGCCGCCACCCACCAAGGAAAGCAACGUGCUAACAAAACCGCAGACUCGGUGCUCUUCCUCCUCCUCUCCCUCCUCAUCAUCGCCGCGUCGCUCUACCUCCCCGAACACCUCAGCAUCAUCGCAAGCCGCAUCUUCUACUACUACAGCGGCAACGAGGACGCGCACGCCAGUCUCGCGAACAAGGGCCUGCCGGAAGCGCACGCGCCCGCGCAAGCACACGGCGCCGGCCUUGCAGCGAACGGGCGCGGGUUCAUGGAGCCGUGAGGAAGGAUUGUAUAGGGACGCGUGA